UGGAAGUUCGUGUGGACGGUGACAAAUACCUACGUAAUUUGAACGAUUGUUAUAGUUUGACCGAUUGAACGAGCCGAAACUGUGUCACCUAUCCCACUGCGUUCGUGCUAUUUUUUCCCUAACUCUCUCGUGUGGUUUUCCGCAGAUUCGAGGACGACCAAGAAAACUCAGAUCUUGAUCUUGGGCCACAACCCCAGCAGCCGCCAUCUGUCACAUGAGUUAUUCCUAAAACACCGAGACGCGCGCUUGUGUUUGGAUUGUGAUUUCACUGCAAGAGGUAAACAUUCACGGUAUGUUCCGAGCGUAGUCGAAGUAGCUCCAUGAGGUGAACUAAUAAACAAAAUCACCACCGCGAGCUGGUAGUGUGUGCUAAGUGUUUUGGAUCACCGGAAAAUAAGUGGUCUAUCAUUCCAAUUUUAAAUACUAAUCGUUAGAAUGUGUCAGUGUGAAAUUUCGAAGGGUUAAGUGUCGGUGGAAAAUACUGCCCAGCGACAGUUUUCGGUGAAACUUUAAAAACUUAAGAGUUGCACUUGAUGCGUUUUGUUAUUCGAUUAAAUUUUCUGAGUCAAGGCUAAUACUGAAACCUUCGUCUGUGGAGCGGCAAACGGUGUACGUCAAAUUACGAGCAAAGUUAUCGUCGGCGACGGCAGCGGUGGAGAGGGAUUCGAAGCGUAACGCCACAAGCACUAAGAUUUCGAGUGCUUGAUAGUGUUGCACCGCAUUUCAUAAGCGUUGGUGGAUGAAAGGUACAACAAAUUAUAGCAAUCCAGUGUGGUGUAAUUUGAUAUCGGUGUUCGAGAGGUGUUCUGUGUACACUAGUAGUAGUGCAGUGUUCAGUUUUUUCAAUAUCAGUGAUUGUUCGAAUAAAACCGGUAAUUUCCACCGGCAAGUGAUUGCUUUCUCUUGCUAGUAAUUGCUCGUGAGGAGGUAGCCCGUCCGACGCCAAAAUGCCGGAACGGUUCAAGGUAACCAAAUCGGACACCAAACUGUCGGCGCGGGAUGAGGAAGCGGCCGCCACUGGAAAGCUACUGUCCUCAUCCGAAAAACAAGGCGAACCCACCGAUGAUCAGCCUUUCGUGUCCAAGAAUGAAAAACUGGAUACCAACCUGUAUCUAUACUCGGAUGAAAUCCAAGAACGUCCACAAAUCACAACGCUCAUUUCGUCCCUGGCAAACUACUCGAAUACAAUCCCUGCACCGACGGAUCCUGAUGCGAAGCCAGCACCUGCCUCCGCCCGAAUGGGCACACUCAUUGGUGUCUAUCUGCCGUGUAUACAGAAUAUUUUCGGUGUAAUUUUAUUCAUUCGUUUAACAUGGGUAGUCGGUACAGCUGGAGCAAUUUAUGGGUUUUUAAUUGUGUUAUGUUGUUGUUGCGUGACUAUGUUAACUGCCAUUUCGAUGUCUGCGAUUGCCACGAACGGGGUGGUACCUGCGGGCGGGAGCUAUUUCAUGAUAUCGAGAUCGCUCGGGCCCGAGUUUGGCGGCGCUGUCGGGAUGUUGUUCUACACCGGGACGACUCUAGCGGCUGCCAUGUACAUAGUUGGUGCGGUGGAAAUCGUACUGACCUACAUGGCCCCGUGGCUGUCGAUAUUCGGCGAUUUCACCAAGGACGCCUCGGCGAUGUACAACAACUUUCGGGUCUACGGCACCGGUCUACUCUGCGUAAUGGGUCUGAUCGUCUACGUGGGUGUUAAAUUUGUGAACAAAUUCGCAACGGUGGCGCUGGCUUGUGUUAUAUUCUCCAUCAUCGCGGUGUACGCCGGUAUCUUCAACAACAUCGACGGCAACGAUAAGCUAUUCAUGUGCGUACUCGGAAAGCGUCUACUGAAGGAUAUUGCCGUUGACAAUUGCACCAAGGAAGCGGGCGGCCCAUUGUACAAUAUAUUCUGUGGAAGCGGUGAAUGUGAUCCCUACUUCAAAGAACAAAACGUUUCGCUCGUACGCGGUAUUAAGGGACUUAAGAGCGGCGUGUUUUACGAGAACCUUUUCCCAUCUUUCCUGCAAGAAGGACAGUACAUCGCCUAUGGUAUGGACCCCGACAACAUCGAACCGCUAGACCGACCGUCGUACAACCAGGUCUACGCCGAUAUUACGACUGCCUUCACGAUAUUGAUCGGCAUUUUCUUCCCAUCUGUGACAGGUAUCAUGGCCGGUUCCAAUCGAUCCGGGGAUUUGGCUGACGCACAAAAGAGUAUUCCGAUCGGUACAAUCGGUGCCAUUUUGACCACAUCGACCGUGUAUCUGUCCUGUGUGAUGCUAUUCGCUGGAACGGUUGACAAUUUGCUGCUGCGUGACAAAUUCGGUCAGUCGAUAGGCGGAAAGUUGGUCGUAGCGAAUAUGGCCUGGCCGAACCAGUGGGUCAUCCUGAUUGGAUCUUUCCUUUCGACGCUCGGUGCUGGCCUGCAAAGUUUAACCGGUGCCCCGAGGUUGCUGCAGGCCAUCGCCAAGGACGGCAUCAUCCCGUUCCUCGAACCGUUUGCCGUGUCAUCCAAGCGUGGUGAACCGACGCGUGCCCUCAUCCUAACACUGCUAAUCUGUCAGAGUGGCAUCCUACUCGGAAAUGUCGACCUGCUCGCACCACUGCUGUCCAUGUUCUUCCUGAUGUGCUACGGGUUCGUAAAUUUGGCCUGUGCCGUCCAGACGUUGUUGCGAACUCCCAACUGGCGACCACGCUUCAAAUUCUAUCACUGGUCACUAUCGCUCAUCGGUUUAACUCUGUGCAUGUCGAUUAUGUUUAUGACAUCCUGGUACUUUGCACUGAUCGCAAUGGGUCUGGCAGUGUUGGUUUACAAGUACAUCGAAUAUCGAGGAGCGGAAAAGGAAUGGGGUGACGGUAUCCGGGGUAUCGCUCUGUCCGCAGCCCGCUAUUCACUGCUCCGUCUGGAAGAAGGUCCUCCACACACCAAGAACUGGCGUCCACAGAUUCUGAUGUUGUCCAAGCUUAACGAUGACUUCACUCCCAAGUAUCGCAAACUGUUCUCCCUCACGUCUCAGUUGAAGGCAGGUAAAGGUUUGGUUGUGGUUGUAUCGUUAGUGCCAGGUGAUUUCACGAAGCGGGCUGGCGAAGCGGCCGCUGCCAAGCAGGCACUUCGCAAGACCAUGGAGGAGGAAAAACUGAAAGGAUUCUGCGACGUGAUGGUCGCGAGCAACAUUGCCGACGGACUAUCGCAUGUCGUCCAAACCAUCGGGCUCGGGGGCAUGAAACCAAACACGGUGAUUCUUGGUUGGCCGUACGGUUGGCGUCAGAGUGAGGACGAUCGUACCUGGCACGUGUUCCUGCAAACGGUUCGGAACGUCAGUGCCGCUCGAAUGGCGCUGUUGGUGCCGAAAGGAAUCAACUUCUUCCCAAUGUCACAGGACAAGAUUUCCGGCAAUAUCGACAUCUGGUGGAUCGUGCACGACGGUGGCCUGCUGAUGUUGUUACCUUUCCUACUGAAGCAGCAUCGCUCCUGGAAGAACUGCAAGAUGCGAAUCUUCACCGUCGCUCAGAUGGAGGAUAAUUCGAUUCAAAUCAAGAAGGACCUGAAGAUGUUCCUCUAUCACCUGCGAAUCGAAGCCGAGGUGGAAGUUGUUGAAAUGAUGGAUAGCGAUAUCUCGGCAUACACCUACGAGCGAACUUUGAUGAUGGAGCAACGCAACCAGAUGCUGAGAAAGUUGCGACUAAAUAAGCGGGAAAAGGAAAACGUCGUGGAAAACAUGGUGGAGUUCAGCCAAUCCACCGCAAACGGAGAGGACCGAACGCCCCUGGUACAAGCAAUCGUUGAUCAUCACCACAAUAUCGAAAGUAAUGCUAAGACGGCAUCCAAAGUUCGGUUCGCGGAUCCGGAAGAAAACAAGGACAUGUUCAAUGACGACGAACGCGAGGAAAAGAAUGAGACUGAAACCGAGAAGGACAAGGACACCAAGGAGAGUGAGAACGACAAGGAGUCGGGCAAUGAAAAUUCCGAACAGAAAGAGCAGAAACCACAGCUUUCAAACAAUAUCGCCUCACCCGGUAAGGACAGCAAGAAGAGCGCCGGGGACGAAACGCCCAAAUCACCCAGUAAAGCUAGUUAUAAGCCUGACGAAGGCAACGUGAGACGAAUGCACACGGCUGUGAAGCUCAACGAGGUUAUAGUCAACAAAUCACAUGACGCCCAAUUGGUCAUAUUGAACCUUCCUGGCCCACCGAAGGAAACGCGCAUGGAGCGUGAGAGCAAUUAUAUGGAAUUCCUGGAGGUUCUGACGGAAGGUCUGGAACGGGUACUGAUGGUGCGGGGCGGCGGACGAGAAGUCAUCACCAUCUACUCUUAAGAACCUGUCAGUUUCCAUCCUUACUCCUUCCGGUCGCUGCGACGGGAAGGAUCAACAAAUAAAUGCUGCGCCGGUCAGCAUGGUAUCAAUUACGCUUCUACAUCGUCGUCGCGGUCGUCGUCUUCGGGGCCACCGACGCCGUGGCCAUUGUCGUCGUUGUCGUUACACAACGGCGCAAUCAACAACACAUACACACAUACAUACACACACGUAUUACGAGUACACAAACAUCAAACACCUACAUUCAGACGGCGAACAUUACCGCUCACAUACACCAACUAACAACACAUGAGUGCGUAUGUGACACAAACAUUUUUCUACACUCGAAAAUACCAAACACACAAAAAAAACUUAAGAAACCAAAAAAAAACAAAAAGAUCAUAAUUAUAGUCAAACUGUGAAAUCUACUAGUUCUAGGUUAUAAUAUCGAAAAUAGUAAACUCUAAUAAAAUUGGGAAAAUUAUAGAAAAAAAAACUGGGCAGUUCUAGCAGAAACUAUCGUAGAAGUACGAGUGUACCACGAUAAGAUAUGAUAACUGGGAGACAGAUUAGAUUGAGCAAAAACUACUAACUAGUAAGAGUAAAUUUCAUCCAGAUAGUUGGUGCGAAUCAAAUUGAUAUACCUACAGCUAAGGUUCAAUAAGAUAUAUGAGUCUUUCUUUAAAACGAACAAAGAUAAAGAAACACAAAAAAUAUAUGAAUGUGUUCUGCUUACUUUCAUUUGAAUAGUUUAGUCAAAUUACGAAGUGAAUACAACAUAGUUGAACCAUUUCGUACCAUAGUCAGCGCUACAUAUAUACUCACUUCUGCGUCUUUAUGGAACUAUUGAGGAACGUCUCCGAACGGCACACCACAAUGUAACCAUGCAGUACAUAAUAUUCGACCCUGGACAACAAACUGAAAAACAGAUAAUAAUCAUUACACCAAAGCACGAAAAUCAAACAUUCAGGCUACAUAAAGAAAAUGAACACAACAACAUACAACAGCAAAAAGAGAGCUACGUCAUUAUAAGUUCUAAUCGCCGCAUGUAUUUAUAGAUGGAGGAGGACAAAAAAAAACUUUUAAGUUUUCUCUCAGACAAAACUUGUUAUCUGUUCCGACGGCUCUUGGUCGAAAUCAUACAGUCAUACCGCAUCAGACAAGAGCCUAGGGGUUGUUAAUGUAGCGUUGAUAGUUUACAGAUUACCCAUUCGAGCAACUAUCGUAAAAGAGCGAUUAGUAUUAGUUUAUGUCAAUUCGUUUCAAUUCAGUAGCAAAGAUUAGCAAAGAAAAAGUUAGGGCAAAUGCGAGCAUAGCUACGCGAAUCAACCGUAAUGUAUUUUUAUCUGUGCCAACAGAACGUUUAUGUUAUGUGAUUACGAUUGUUUUAGUUUAUUAAUCUGUUGAGAAUAUCUUACACUAUGCUACGUUGAAAUGAAGAUCCUGUUUUAGCUGCUUAACCUUUUAUUUCUUUUUUUUUUAAAUUUUGCAUUUGUUUAGAGAAGAAAGAACAUCCUUUAUUUGUUGUUUGUUGUUUCCUAAGUACCAGACAAAAUAUCACGUCACAAUUCUACAAUUCUACAGAUUGCAGCCGAAUUCAAGUGAAGUGCCUCCAUCAUCCGGUGGAUGAAGGAGACGCGUGGCAUUUUGUUGGCACUUUACUGCAGAAUCAAGAAACUCCGAACGGUGUAUUAGUUGAUAGGAAGACUGUCAUUCACUAGACUAACAUGACUACGCCUUGUUGCAUGAAAAAGUACAAAAUCAAUCACCACCAAGAAAGGAAAACCAAAACAGAAGCAGCGCAACAAUUCCGAUUAUAGUGACCUAAGGUUAAUUAGCCACACAAACAUUUGGGAAGAAGCUUGACAGACUCGUAACUAUUAGCAUGUUUUGAAAGUUAUUGCCACGAAUGAAACGUGCAGGCAAUACCAGUAUUUUUUAAUGUUUGGAACUAGUAAAAUGAUUUUGUUUUACAUUUUGAACAACAAAUUGAGCUUGUUAGGGGUUCUUCCUUUUAUUAUUUUAUUAUUUUCAGAGGUAAGUUGAUUUCAUUUCUAUAGACCGUGCGACGUUAAAAUACCGAAUAUGUUAAUAAAAUUGGCUCACUUCCCUGAAAACACCGGUAAUUUUUAGUCUGAUCUUAGCUGGUUUAUAAAAUAUGCAAACCACUUUAGGCCUACACUUGAACACACAAACAACAUAAAUGAUCACAAAACAGAAUUAUGAAAUAGUAUGUAUAGAAAGCGUGAAUACAUUCUCCGAAAAUUAACAUGUUUAAGACUGUGUUUUUAUUUUCAACCAAUCUGUUUUACUGAUUGUAGGAUUUUUUCUUAUGAAUGAAACGUACUUUUAAGGAAAACUGUUCUAUACAAAUAAAAAUAUUGAAGGAACAUUUACAAAGCAAAUUACCGAUGAUUGCAUAAACAGUGCGUACCGAAAAGCGGUUUUGAACGCAUAUAACAGCGGAAGUAGCGCUAUAGAGGGUAAUAUAGAAAUAAAUAAAAAUAAUACACUAUUUUAGAAUCGUUGCAAAACACGGAGCAAAUACAAUAUAUAAAACUCAUCUAAAUGUGCUAGACAGAGAACAAGAACCUAUAUAGAGAAAUGAUCAUUUACUAUAAUUAAUUAAAAUCUCUCCUUCGCAAGUAUGUGAACUGCCUAAAACUUUUAGUGCAGUUUCCAGUAUUUGACAGAAGAGAAGACACACUCAAGAAAUUAACAUAAUUUUAUUACAGGUUACUUUAAAAUGCGAAUAUUGAAACCGGUAACGGUGGGUGGGAAUGAUGCGAGCUAGAACAGAUUCGAAGGGAUGAAAUAUAACCUAAGGUUUAGAUUAAGAGUAUCAUACUUUUUCAGGUAAUUAAAUGUAUCUGUUAGUAACAAUAAUUGCAGCCGUUAUGAUUUAAAGAGAUUAUUGAACAAAUGUUAAGCAUAUAUAAACUAAGGAGUAAAAUCCGAAACACAAACAAAAACUCUUAAACACCAAAGCGAUGAUCAAAGAAAAACUUAGGCAAAGUAACUUAGGAAACCAGUCGAAAAUUCGAGACCCUUCUAGAAGGACGGAAUCGAAGCCCAGUGCCAGCAACGGUUUAGAUGACGAACACCAUUAAUCAUGUAACCAAGGUGAACCAUGCAAGUUUUUCUUCGAACAGGACACUUGUGGUGUUUUGGAAAGAUAUAGCUCAUUUACUGUGAAAAUCAAAUUUGACAAAUACGUAUAACAUAAUAAGAAUAAUAAUAUUAAUACUAAUAAUAAUAAACGCAGUUAGUUACCGGAUUAUGAUAAAAAACAGCCAAACCGGAGUCACUUUUCAUCGGUUCUUAUUAUUUGAGUUAAACUAAGCUACUUAUAAUGCAAGAUAGCGAAAUUAUAAUCGAACGUGAUCUUUGGCAAACAGCUGAAAAAUUUCCUGUACUUUUUUUUGCCACGGAUUAGCUUUGGUUUGUUAAUAAUUUUUCGCAUUUUUGUUUAGCUACUAUAAGUGUAUACAUCAUCCGGAAAGUAUUACUAUUUGGCCCUCUUUCCAAAUUGUAGCCACCUUUCUUUCGAGAAUUAAAUUACCAAAGAAAAAAAUAACAUUAUGGAAUUAGGAUCAAUUCUUAGAUACACAUUCGAAAUCGAAUAAGCUGUAGAUAAUUGAAGAUCAAAACUGAAUGUUUCAAGCCAUCAUAUAGCUUAGCAAGUAAGUGCGCGUGGAAAUACUUUUUCUUAGUCGAGUAAUCUAAUACGAUGAAAGUCAAGUUUUUAAAUUAUAGUAAAACACACCUAUAGAAUGUUACCACUUUUAGAGUAGAGAAACACAAAGGCGAAUCAAAUUAAUAAUGAAAAAAGCAGACACAAAAAAAUAUCUUAAACGGGAGAAAAUGAAAAAAAAAUAACUAAAAGAAAAUUUUAAAAGCAAUAACAAGAUAUUUGAGAAACAGUAAACAAGAAAAAAAAUAGUUUAGAUGAAAAACAAAAAUAGACCGCUCGGUUAGGGACAGAAAGUUUCACAAAUCGAAAUAGUUAGAGACUGUAUGUACAUUGUUUAGGUGUGUACUAUUCUGCAGAAAACCGUUUCCCAGAAUUCUACCCUGAGGUUUGAGAUACCUGACAAAUCUGACAACCUUCAAUCAUACCUGAAUAGGAGACUUUCCCGAGAAAAAUAUAAAUAUAUACCUAGUGUUUUGAACAAAAGGCGCAUUUCACUUCUAGGAGCUCAAUUUUCAAUCAGCGAUUGAAGUCAACUACCUUGAAUGGUGUGCAUUUGAAAGCAGAAGGCAGUCGUUUUCUGUCACUAAUGUAUCUGAUGCCGUGCUUCCAAUCUGGUUUUCAAGAAACUAUUCGUUUCUCAUAAGGAAAUAUAAAUGAAAAAUACUAAUUUGUCCGAAGCAAGCUAUAAUGUUUUCGAAAUUACAUAACCAAAAUUCUUUUUCUGCGUUUCAAAUGCUAGGCACAAUUUGGAUAGUUUCUUAUAUCCGAAUAGUUCAGGUAACUAAUCAUUUUCCUGACAAUUACGUUUGCUUCAAUUCAGUUCUUUUGAGUGAUAAGCGACUGGAAUGGUCCAUUAAAAACAUAUUUCACCGAUUGAGUUCUGAGGAAUAGUUUUCGAAAGAAUAUUGGUAUGUCUACAGUUUGCAGUUGUAUCAAAGAUAAACUCAAGAUGGAGUGGUCAUCGUUUUUAUGUGUACCAGUGAAACAAGACCCCUCGAUGACAUCGGUUCACUGUCAAAAGUUUUCAUUGAACUGCAACUUUUCGUUCAAUUUGAAUGUUGCUAUGCACUACUUCAAUUUGUUUAUCUUGCCAAUAUUUACUAGAAUAUAGUCGGAGUAUUGACAUUUCACAUUACGUUAUAUAUCAAAUCAUGAUCACAAAAUAUUCACACAUAAAAUUGAAAUUCACACAUAAAAUUAUUGAAUAUUCAACAUCAAUCAGUAGGUAUUUGAAGUCUGAGGAAAGCUAUGGCUGUAGUAUGUCCACUGGAAGAUAAAUUGAGAAACUGAGUGGAACAUCUUUCUAGACAUACAAUUUCAUGUUGAAAAUUAUUGUUUGAAUUAUAUUUCAUUCUUUUAUUUUCAAAUUUUAAUAUCAUCAAAACACAAACUUUAACUUUAAUGACAUCUUUUACUUCUUCAGAUUACUGCUUUUUCAUUAAACCGUUCAUGCUCAAUAGGCACGUUAUCCCGUUCUAUAUAAUUUUGAUUCUAGCACCGGUGAAUUGUUUCCCGUCCGCACUUCGCGUUCUUCAUCUUUUGAAAAAAUAGAGGAUAAUGGCAUAAGUGGGUUAGAAUCUGCACACGAGAGAUUACUUACACAUCAGUUUUUGUAGGAGUCGCAAUCGAGAAAAUGUAACCUGGGGAUUUUAUUACAGGCGUCUAAGAGCCUGAACAGUUGGUGUAGUCUUAGAUGAAUCUGUUGCAAUCUAUCGCCUAGUUCAAGAGGACAUUACAAUUAGGAGAGCAAUAUGAUGAUAGUUUAUGCACAUAAAGCACCGUUUCACUCAACGCUGUUGUAGAUUUACGAAUAUCUGACAAGUUUAUGAUUUCAGUGCAGAAGUAACAAAGUGAAAAGUUGUCGUUCAAAAACAAACGAUGUCUCAACUCAUAUUCUAUUAACUACAAACUUAAUUCACCAAGCCGUUCGAUUUUAGACAAACCCUGAGAUUAUAGAAAGUCAAACCGACGAGCAAAGAGAGAUAACAAAACACUGAAACUGAUUUUCACCUCCAAAGUUAUUAUUAUUUAUAAAUACCAAAUAAGUUCUCCAUAGAUACCAUCGUUACCAUUGAACUUCAUGGGUUGGGGGGUCAAGCGAUGGAUAUUUACGAACGGUUCACCGGUUCACGAUCUGUGACCAAAAAUUUUUCAAUGGCUUGUAUGGUACUUAGUAAUCUUGAGUUUAUCUUUGGUUGUAUGUUUACUUUCUUGGGGAUUUCAAUGGAAAGCCAGACAGAACAGAAGGCCACACAGAAACACUCGACGGAUGAACACGAUUGGCACAUUGCCGCGAAACUGAAUUACCGGUAGCGGCACCUGUCGGCUGUCAAUGAAAAAUGGAACCAAGAAAAGGAGGGUUCUUUCGAAAAUUUUCAUAUCAGCAGUAGUGAUUUGCAACGAUUUUUUCGUUUUUCCAAUAGUAAAAAUAAAUAUCAGCAAUAAGAGCGGAGUACAAGAAAAUCAAUUUCAAAGUGAAUACUACUACUACUUGUUCUAGUUUGAGCUAUGACUAAACAUGGAAAAUCUUCAGAAAUGUGUGAAAUUGGGUAAGGUUGGGUUUAUUCGGACUAACAUUUUUUUAAACAGAAGCCAGUGUAGUGUUAUUUUUUUCGAAUACUAGAAUGUUUAGCGAUCAAGUACCAUGUAAUUUGGAUACUUUAUUUGUUAUUUCCAGGAAAUUGAAAAAUGGUAUUGAACCAAGUAUAAUACUUCAUUCAAAAUAAACGUUAGUUUUCGCACAAUAAAUUAAGAUCAACAUUAUCACCCGUUUUGCCCGUUUUUAUAAGAAAUCGCUGAAAAGGUGGAGUAAUUAAAAAUUUUCCUACCGAUUUGACAGCUCUUGCUGAAAGUAUCAUCUCGAAACAAGCAGCGCCUCUACAUUUUAUUUUAGCGUCAUUGUGCCAAUAACUUCUAGCAUCUCCAGCAGAGAUGCCAGAUCUGAAAUCUGCAGAUUUCGGACAUAGUGCUGCAGAUAUUUUUUGUUUUUGUUAUGCAGACUUUCGCGACCUUUUUUUUUUUUUGCUCGCCAAGUCAGUUUGGCGUAUCAUACUUUAUAGAGAUAUUGCUGCCAAUACUUGCUAACUGUCGGAUUACAAGACUUUUAGACAGGCGCGUAGCCAGAGAAAAUUUUCGGGGGGGGGGGGGGGUUUAGAACAUGGUGAUAAAUCAACACAUGUACAAUUUAUAUCACAAUGUUUCCCAUUGGUUAUAAUUUUUUGUUUCGGGGGGGGGGGGGGGUUUGAACCCCUAAAACCCCCCCCUGUGUACGCGCCUGCUUUUAGACUUUUGCAACCCUGUCUGAAGAUAUUUUAAAUUUUUACCUGGCAUCUCUGAUCUCCUGUUCGGUUUGAGGUUUGGGGUAACUUAUGAGAUGUACAUUUUAUUUGUGCUUUCAGAAUAUGAGCACAUAUUUGUUUUCUAUAUAGGUGUACGUUUUACUAAAACGAAUAAGAAAAUGCCCAGUAAAUAUUUUAGACUGUUGCCAAAGCAAUACCAUUACGAAAUGAUUUUAAUAUGACAAGCUUCGCAUUGUCAAUGAUAUACGGAAGAAAGGUGCAUUGUUGCUUUACAUCGAAAUUGAACUCACAUUGAUUUCUCAGAUAUUACUUGGUCUAUUUCACGAACUUAUAAUCAAAUGAAAGGUGCCAGGCCUUGACACAACAUGGAAUCAUAGAUAACUCAAGUUCCUUACGAUUAGUGCGGGAGAUGGUACUGUCAAAAUACCCUUUGUAAAUGAAAUUCUCGUACAACAAUUACUUGUACAAUUCUGAUUUCUUCUAUUGACAUCGUGACAGUUGGUCUGUAUUUGGCUUUGACAGUACAGAGAUAUGUUCUUUUGCACACAUCAUUUUGGUGCUCGAAUAAAAAUAAUAACGAUGACAGAGAGUAAAUAGUAAGUUCGAUAAACCAUUACGAAUUGCUAAUAGGGUAACGGAGGAUGUAAUCAAAAUAAAGUACAUAGUGUCUCGGAAUUUUAAAGAUCAGUCCAUUCUUUAUCAUAUAAGGUAUGAAAUGUACUUUAUUGUGAUUACAACCAAAAAUAUUAGAAUGACCAAAAUAACUCCGUUCCCUUAUUCUUAAGGAAGGGUAGCGUGCUAAAAAAAAUACAAAAUCUUCCGAUGUUCGAUCGAUGCGAUAUGAUACGUGACCGAGUCAAUUCCGCCUAAAAUUGAAUUCCAGUGUUCAUUUCGUUUCUGUGUUGGUAUUCCCGGCUAUCCGAAUUAUUUGAAAUUUAUAAUUAAUAAGUUACCAUACCCAAAAAAUAGAUCCAUACACAAUUUUCCACGUGUUGGAUUGCUACCAAUAAAUUAUUGAUUUAACAUGAAUAUUUGCUACAAUCAAAAAACUUUAAACGCAUACAAAACAGUUCGGAUGCUCACUUUUAAAGACAUCAACCGUUGCCAAAUAAAACAUUCUUCAUUAUUAGGAUGUCUACGUAAACAGUGAAACGAUAAAUUAGAUACGCAACAGAAAUAAUAAGAUUGUAUCCGAUUACUAUUGAAAUUUAAAUAUAUAUCACAUUGCGUACCAAAUGCUAUCCAGAAUCCAUUUUUUUUCUAAUAAAUCUCCCGCCCAAACACCGAGGAGAAAAAGAAAGAUAACAAAUCAACGUAGAUUUUGUAACUAAAAGAGUCCACAAAUUGUUAGGUACUGUACGUGAAGUUGACUUGACCUGACUGUAUAGAAAAAUAUAAACAAAACACCGGAACCAUCACUUCAAAAUUGCCUACUUUCACUGAAUGACAAUGAGAUAACUUUACUGAUUGACUUUACAUAUUUUAUCUGUUGUUGAUAGUAUCAUUUAAAGAUUUAUGCUAGAAUUUAUUUUUUUACAACCAGAAGAUAAUGAUAUAAGAAGUCGUCUAACGCUUUGUUGAAGUCAGUGAGUUUUAUUAUGAUAGCAAAGUUUAUAAUGUAUAUUUAGUGAAAUCAAACACUUCUGCGGAAGUAGUAGCGUCUUGAAAUAACAGCGACUUGGUCGUUUCCGAUAGUCUAGUCAAGAACACAGAAAAAUGUUUUAUUUAUUUCGAUCUAAACAACAAAAUCCAUCUUACACGGUCAGCCUGCCAGACACCCCCUGUUUCUGUCUCUCUCUCUAUCUAUGGAACGAUUGUUGAUGUUGCCAGCAGUUUGAAGAGGCAGCCAAUAUACAGAUCCUCCGUAGUAAUUAUAUUGGAGAGCAGAUACCGAACAAAAGCCCGAUUAGUUGGAAGAAUGGUACACAAUACGCAGGAGAACAUAGUUUGUUAUUUGAACAUGAAACCGGAACAAGAAAAUAUAACAACAAAGGACAGAAACAAACAAAAAAAAAACACAAUUUAUCAGCAACUAAAAAUCGAUGUUAGGAAGUCUUUAAAUAAUUAAAACAUAAGCUAGCAGAUUGAACAGAGCAAAGAACUCAACACACACAGUAUUGAAUUAUUCGCAAGUUAUGAAGUUACUGAAAUUAAUAGAGUAAAUCGAUCAUUGAUGGCACACAGCAGAAUACGGUUGAAGUACGAAAAAAAUUAAACCAGAGGUUGAACAAAAACACGAUUGAGAUUGCAAAAUAGGGAAAUAAAAAUUGGAAUUAAAAACAAAA